UCAAAAACAUAGUCUCGUUUGUAAAUUAAGUCUAGGCUUUGAACGAUCUUAAGGUGGUAAUGUGCAUACUUAAAGUCCUACUGAUGAAUCAUUUAUUAGUCUUUGAUCUAUAGCCACAUGGAUCCUUGCAAGAGUGUGAGCGUUUGAUUUCUUAUGGCUACCGCAAAGGAAGACUUUGACGCGGUCAGAGAAUGGUUGUUGGCCGAAGUCAAACUCGAUAGGUAUGCUGAGAAACUUGAGUCAAACGGCUUUACAUCACUGGAGACCUGUUGCUCAAUAAAUGAAGAUGCCCUUGAUAAGAUGGGAAUCGUCAUGCCAUAUCAUCGAAAAAGAUUUCUUAUGUUUACGGAGAAACUCAGGGAAAAACUUGGUAUGGAUUUCACGAACGAGGAAGAUGGCAGUGUCAGCCCGAACACGGACGUAACAACAGACAGGUCUGAAACUGGAACUGAGCAGCAGGACUCGCUCAUAAAUUUUGUUAGCGAAGACGAAAGUGUAAGUGCUUGUAAUGAUCAGCUUCCGAAGGAAGACAGUUGUGAAAUUACCACAGGUGAAGGCCUUGAUACUAAAGUUCCUGACGUUCCUUUACUUCCACCGAAGAAAAAAUCCAGCUCUUUGAAAGCACCUCCUCCUAUUCCGCCAAGAGCAGAUUUAGAAGAAAGAGAGAUACCCUCUAAAGAGACUUCAAAAGUUUCAGAUACUCCUCUACAAGAUGCUAAGCAUGUGGAAGUGGAUCAACUCCAAGUUCAAUCAAAACAACCUGAUGUUCCAGCAAAAAGGGCCCCCUUAAAACCUCCCAGGAGAGUGAUUAGGACCCCACAGGGUAGUGUACAGAAUGGUAUGCAAGAACAAGAUAUGAUUUCUUGUAAUUCUAAUGCUGAUAGUGUUGCAAAUAUUAGUUCCUCUGAUGAGAAAGAACCUCAGGUGCAAAUGAAUUCAACUUCAAGCUGUCCUGUAUUGCCUAACACAGACAAUGGAAGUGAUGAAGCAAGCUCCACUCUGCAGAGUAAUGAAGAAACAGCUGUAGCAACAACUGAGCCAAGGGUAGUGCCAAAAGCACCCGAGAGGCUAUCAGCAAAAAGACCAACACCUGCACCACGACCACGAAAAAGAAGACAAUCAGAAGACAAUGUAUUAGUGUCAGAUCUAGUUACAGAUGGUGAAUCAGAAGGAGGCAGCAAGAAUGUGUGUUCGGCAGUGUUAAAUGAUGCUUCGGAAAAGAGAACACAAUCAUUAUCUCUAUCUGGAAGAGGAAGUGAUCUUGCAAAUUCCUCUGUGGGAAAACCAUCAACGCUACCAAGAGCUGCAUCAGCUAAACAAAGGCCUGCCCCUCCACUCCCUCCCACACGUCAAACAGGUUCACUGAAAGAUCUCCCUAAAAGGCAGAUAUGUGAUCUACCACUACCACCUGUUCCUGUCCCAGGAAGUACAAACCAUCGGCAAAAUAAAUUGAUCAGUGCUCCUCACCAAGGAGCAUCAGAGCCAGUGAAAGCUCAAUCAGAGUCAACAGAUGAAUAUUCACUGGUUCAACCAUUACCACGGAAGACAUCACAAGUGAAGUCUCAACCAGAGUCAACAGAUGAAUAUUCACUGGUUCAACCAUUACCACGGAAGACAUCACAAGUGAAAUCUCAAUCAGAGUCAACAGAUGAAUAUUCACUGGUUCAACCAUUACCACGGAAGACAUCACAAGUGAAAUCUCAACCAGAGUCAACAGAUGAAUAUUCACUGGUUCAACCAUUACCACAGAAGACAUCAACAGUGAAAUCUCAACCAGAGUCAACAUAUGAAUAUACAGAGGUUCAACUGUUACCACAGAAGACAUCAACAGUGAAAUCUCAACCAGAGUCAACAUAUGAAUAUUCAAUGGUUCAACCAUCACCACAGAAGACAUCACAAGUGGAGUCUUCACUAUAUGAAGAAGUUUGGAAAGGAGAUCCAAGAGAGUAUCAGAGAAAUAAUGAUACAGCUGAAAUUGAAUAUGAAAGUGAUGAUUCUCUGGAUCCAUGGUGUGCAGAUUUGCCAGAAAUGAAAAAGAGAGGUGACAGCACAGAGAAUGUGGACUACAGUAAGGCAAUACCAAACAGCCUAAGCCCAAGGGUUCGUAAAAGUGAAGGAUACCUUUGGAAGCAAGGAGGGCAAAAGAACAAUAAGGGAUGGAGAAAACGGUGGUUUGUUUUUGAUGGCAAGGACCUAAGAUACUACAAGGAUAAGGAUUCCCUGACUGAAUCUCUUCAUAUAAUUCCUGUAAACCAGAUAAAGGACAUUGAAAAUGUGAAAGAUGAAAAACGUUCAACAUUCAAAGUGAUAACUCCAAACAGGACUUUCAUUUUUGCAUCAGAAAACAUCACGGAAAUGAAUCUCUGGUCUCAAACUCUUAUGGAGGCAAUCAUUGGCUGCAAGGGAGAUGGCAAGAAUUGGAGGAGUGGUGGAGAAAUGAGUGACCCAGACAAGGAGGGAUGGCUGAAGAAACAGGGACACAAUGUUGUGGCAGACUGGAAGAAAAGAUAUGUAGCUAUCAAGGGGGACAAGAUCUGUUACUAUGACACUUAUGAGGACUUUAUUUAUGCAACACCAAUAAAUUGCAUCAAUGCUGCUUUGGCCAAAGUGAAAACUGUUGAUGGACAUAAGAACAGAUUUGUAAUAAUCACGUUCCACAAGUCUUAUAGUUUCCAAGGAGAUAGUGAAUUUGAUGCUUCCUCGUGGAUUGUUGCCAUAGAAACAGCCAUUCAGAUCGGACUUGGUGAUACAACGAUUCGUGAAAAAGUUUGGGAGAAUCCGAGUAACCGAUUUUGUGCAGACUGUGGAAUGAAAGAUCCAGUGUGGGCAUCGGUCAACUUCUGUGUUUGUGUUUGUGCAAAAUGUAUUGGUGUUCAUCGCAACCUGGGGGUUCACUGUUCUCGUGCACGUUCUCUUCUCAUGGACGAGAAGAUCUGGAACCCAGCUCUUAUAGAGCUGAUGAUAAAAAUUGGAAAUGACAACGCCAAUCAACUUCUUGAACACAAGUUACCCGAAGACGACAAAAUAACACCAGAUGCCAAUGUUGCGGCGAGACGAGAGUUCAUCUAUUCCAAAUACUGGGAAAAGAAGUACGCCAAAUACCAUCAAGCUUUUGGAGAUCCUGAGGCGCUAGGAAAGGUCUUGCGGGACACUGUGGUCACAAAGGACAUUUUAUCCACCAUGGAACUAAUUUUAAACAAAGUGGAUGUUCGUUACGUUGCCUCAGAUGCUGAGGACGAAAAAACGCCGCUCGAACUGGCGGAAGAAGCUGGACAAACUCUUCAAGCAGAACUGCUCCGACAGAAUGGUGGAGAAGGAAAACCUGAUCAGAACUUAGGUGAUGACCAAACAGCGACGCUUAACACUGAGGCUUCUCAGAGUGCUCCCAUCGAAAUAGUUUAUGAAAAAGAGGGAUUCUUGCAAAAGAAAGAAGGAAGCUGGAGAAAAAGGUGGUUUCUGUUGAAAGACAGGCAUUUAAAGUAUGCCAGAGGGCCACAUGACAAGGACGAUCUUGUUACGAUUGACCUUAGAGCAGUGACGUCACUAGUGAGAUGUCCCAAGGGAGAGCAGUUACAACUGGAUAUUGUUACGGUUGACAAAACGCAUAGUUUGAAGGCUGAUAGUGAAGAGGAAUUGGAGGGCUGGUAUUCAGCUCUGAGAAGCAAACAGGUUUUUGGUGUUCUGCUUUGUCAGCAAGGGCUUGGUUCUGAUGGAAUCCCACACUUAGUGGCGAAGUGCUUGCAGUUUGUCGAAACUUAUGGUGGCCUCGAGAUGGAAGGAGUUUAUCGUGUGAAUGGUGGGCAGUUGACAAUGAAAAAACUGAGAACUUCCUUUGAUCAAGACGCUGGUAGCGUGUUGCUAACUUUGGAUGAAUGCGGGGUCCAUGACGUCACUGGAGUACUGAAGCAAUACUUGCGACAACUUCCCGACCCAGUCAUCCCUGGCACCAUGUACAAGCAUUUCAUUGCAGCUGGCUCAAUUCAAGACCAUAAUACAAGACUACAGACAAUCAAAUCUUUAAUCAACCAGCUUCCUAAAGUGAACCAUGGAACUCUUAAGGCGAUCAUCUCUCAUCUGACUAAAGUGACCGAGCUAGUUAGUGUCAACAAAAUGGGAGUGCCCAAUAUUGCCAUGAUCUUCGGUCCUACUUUGAUGUCCAAUGAAAGCACUGGGCGAAUGGACGAUUCCUCAAUUAAUCAGGAAUUCUCCAUUGUUGGAGACAUGAUCACGUAUUAUAAGUGGCUCUUCGACGUGAGUGAGGAAGAAGAAGAGAAAGCCCAGGUAAUCGAAGAAGCCACUCAGAAGAUACGAGAAUUGAUAGAAUUGAAGGACAAACAAAACAAUUCCGGAGGAGAAUUCACUUUGGAUAUUUACGUAAAAGAGAAGAAUGACAAUCCACAUUUAAUGAAGGUUUCGUCUGAGAUGACAGCAGGAAGACUUCGUGCAGAGAUCGUUUCUCAAAAGGCACUAUCGCCCGAUAUCGACUGGGUGCUGUUUGAGGUUAUCGAUAAUGGUGCCAUGGAGCGAGCGUUUCAAGUCAGAGAGAAGGUCAUGACCGCGGCAAACUGGGGGAGUGGGAACUACUUGAUCGUCAAAGAGAAUUACAUCGCAGAACAGAUCGCUCCAUAUGUCGGUACCCUCUCGAUCGAAGGCUCCCUCUACAUCCGGGAUCCUAAAAAGAAUUGGAAACAGAGUCUCGUGUGUCUGAAGAAUGGCUACAUGUCGGUCAACAAGGAACGUGGGUCAAUUUUACGAGCCAUCAAGUCGGACAAAUCAGACUCAGAACAAUGGCCACUGCAUAAACUAACCUUGUAUGUGGGUAUUCCAGCCGAGAAAGCCACAAAAACAGUGGACACAAGUUGCGGGUUCACUGUUGUGGUUAAAACAGAUCAGGAAGACAUUGUCAGGUAUAUGUGUGCCAAAGACAAGGAUGAUAGGAACCGUUGGUUGGCUGCAACACUGAACAUGAAGCAUCCUGAAGGCAUUUGGUCAGAUCCCACACAGGACUCAGAGGUGUUAUACUCCUUGGUGGGUCCAAAGGGCGCGCAGGGAGACGAUUCGCCUUUAUUCCUUGGAAGACAGUCAGUACAUCUUCGACGGCAAGGCUCCACGAAGCACAUCGUGGACGAGCUCAGAAUUCGGCAAAAGUCCUUAAGACGUCCCAAAGACAGAGGCCCUAAGACAUGAGCCGUAGGAUCCAUUAACUUUUUUUUGUGUGAAGCCUAGAAAGAAAAUAGAAUGCACAAUUUUUAUUUCAAUGGAAAUUAAAAAUCGAAUGUGCACAUGUGAAAAUAGAGAGCGAAAAAUUGGCCAUUAGAAUUUAAGCUAGUGACGAUAAUUUGUAAGGAUGAUAAACGGUAACACAUUCGUGAUCAGAAAAUGAAAAUAAUUGAAAGUAAAUAUCAAAGUUUAUUAGAAAUGGGUUCUACCUGUUCAUACAUUAGUUAGGAUGCAUCAGAAAAAACGAGUUUAAUAAACUCGUAAGAGGUUAAAAUUAGAAUUGAAAUUUUGUACGCGUUGCAUUCCUAGAUUGUUUCGAAGGAAAUUGAGGAACAAGCAAUAUGCUUGUCAUAGGGGAGCGUGAAACUCGAGGAGAACGCGGAAUGGAGCGUUAAUCACGCGAAACCAAGCAAACCCGUGUCAGUAGUUAGGAUCCACGCAAGCUUCGCGUGGUCACGUGCAACUUAAGCCUUGCAAGUUUUAAAGUGAUCCACGCUAAAGUCGCGUCAAACGCGUUCCACGCAGAUCUUGACUGUUCGUGCUUGUAUCUGAUAAAGAAUUUCGUUUUUUCAUUCAUUUUUUUUUUCACGUAAACGUUAUAACCCGGGUAAGUUUGAAAACAUUUGAAACUUUCAUUCCCUAGUAAACCAACUUUCUGAUAUAAACGUUUGUAACAGUAAUCUUCACUCGUGGUAAAAAUUGUUCAAAAUUUCGUACUCUUCAUCCUGUUUGUAGACUUGCCAAAUUUAACAGAAGUAGCACUUACAGUCAUGAUCAUGAGAGCAGGGUUUGCUGUUAAGACCUCUUAGUCAUGUCAUCAUUUUACUUUGUAUUGCGAUAAAGAAUGUAUUUUUGUAUUGUUUUGAAAAUGUUGCCAUUACGUUUUGAUUACAAUUAACAAUGUUUUCUACGUGUAAACGUUAACCAACUUUCUAGUUUGUUCUUUUUUUCUCAUAAAGGACAACUAAUUUUUUACAUAAUUGAAUUUUGAAGUGGUCAAUAAGGAGUUAGUGAUUUGGUAACUAUAGUCAAUGAAAACUGACGUCAAAUCAUGAAUCUGGUCCUCAGUGUCAUGUUAAAGCUUUAGGAUUUGUAUGGGAUAUGACCAACAGUAAAACAGCCAUGAAAAAUUACGCAAAGAGAAGGCAUCCCAAAGUCUCUAUGGUUAGUUCAAUAUAAUUAUCUAGGAUUGGUUAACACUAGUCAUGAUGGCAUACAGAUUUACAGAGCUUUAAAUUGAUAAUGAGUUAUUCGUAAGUAUUUGUUUUUUUUUAAGACAGAAAUAUAGAUAUAUGUCAGCCAUUAUUAUUUUUUUGGUUAUUUUUGUACAAAAAAAAAUGUAAGGAUUUUUAUCUUUGGUAUAACUCAGCUUCAGUGUAUAUUCCUUUGAAUAUCAAUAAAA